ACACCUUUUGUUUAAUAUGGUCUUUGAACUUUGCUUACGUGUCUAGCCUUUGUUGCGUCAGUGUCUGUAUUUAAAUCAGAACCGUUGUCUUUGAAGUUCAGUUGGAUGUCGCCGCCGAUGGAAAAGGUACAUCGUACACGAUUGUUGCCGUUAAAAAGGGACGUGUUUUCCUGUCUUGGAUUUGCUGAACAUAAAGAGUCGAUUAUCCCAACAUUAUGUCAAGGGCAGAAGAAACCCCCGGGCCCAGGUCUGCUUUGCCUCUUCCCACCCAUUUUUCCUUUGCUGAGCAGUCUUUCUCUGCUAAAAAGCGACGUCGCCCAGUCUCAUCAUCCAACUCGUCCACCUCUCCCGUAAAUCAGCUCUCACACUCUCUCCCUCCGCUGCCGCCAUCUAAAGGAUGGUCCGUUUUGAGCAGACUGGCUCCCCUUAAUACUUCAACCGGUAGUCCUGCCUCCAGUUCCCUGAAUGAAUCUCAAAGUGAUGCGUACCCGGGCAAGCAGCAGUCCUAUUUUAAUCAGACCUUCAACAAUUUGGGCCUGCUGGGUAGGGGCUCUUUUGGAGAAGUCUACAAGGUUCAGUCCAACAAAGAUGGACAAUACUAUGCCGUGAAACGCUCUGCCCAUCGGUUCAGGGGAAGCAGGGACCGAAACAGGAGUCUGAGGGAGGCCAGAAAUCACGAGAAGCUCUGCCCCCAUCCUCACAUCUUACAUUUCGAAGCAUCCUGGGAGGAGCGUGGGCGUCUCUACAUCCAGACAGAGCUGUGUAGCACAAGUCUACUCAUCUAUGCUGAAGACCAACCUCCUGGAUCUGAUGAGCCUGCAGCAUGGUCCUAUUUGUGCGACCUCCUCUCAGCACUGGAUCACCUGCACUCCAAUGGUUUCGUGCACCUGGACCUCAAGCCUGCAAAUGUAUUGGUCACUGAAUCUGGACGUCUCAAGCUGGGCGAUUUUGGGCUGCUGUUGGAGUUUGAUCACAAGAGUCCAGAUCCCCUGCAGAACAAGGUGAAGGAGGAUGCCCAGGAAGGUGAUGGCAGAUACAUGGCUCCUGAGCUUCUGCGUGGAGAGUUUGGACCUGCUGCUGAUGUUUUCAGUUUGGGAGUUUCUAUUUUGGAGCUUGCUUGUAACAUUGAGGUUCCCAAUGGUGGCGAGGGCUGGCAGCUGCUCAGACAAGGCUGCCUCCCUGCUGAGGUUACAGGCGAACUAUCCACUGAGCUUCAAUCUAUCCUGAAGAUGAUGCUGUGCCCAGACCCAUCCAAGCGGCCCACGAUCGCCGAGCUUCUGGCGCUUCCUUGUGUUCGAAAACACGCAUGGAAGAGGAAGGUGCACCUCACGCUUACUGAAACUGCCUUGACUUUGGCCUCCUUCUGCCAGAACAUUUUGUGCUUUGGAAGUAGAAUUCUUUCUUCGCUUCACUUUCCGUGGCUGCCUCAGAACAAACCAGAGCCCUGCACGCCUCCUCGAAACAUGUGCGAGCUGGAUUUGACGCACGUCCUUGCCACCCCUCAGAUAAAAUCAGCAGACAGCUCAGAGGACGAAGAAAUGUUUCUGUCUGAGCCUGAACCUCAGCCUAACUCUGAGAAUGCCACAUCUUUCUUGAACAGGCAGUUGCCCCCAUUCCGCCUGGAUGGUACAUCUACUCCUUUAGUAGGAUCCUCGGCACCCAAAUGCCCUGUCCACUCACCCAUUCGCUUGAAUGUGCCAGACCUGUCCCCCUUUCAUUUGUCUAAGCACUCCAGCGUGCUCUCCCUGACACCAAAGUCCAGCCCCAUACACAACAACAGCUUGAAUGACAGCUGCCCGAGAAUCCGCCACUCCUGCCAUUCUUCACAGAGACGCAGCCGGGCCUGGAUGCUCUUGGAGGACGACUUGCCCCGUUCCAACUUUGAACCAAAAAAUCUGAUGGGUCUGUUCCAGGAGACCCCUGUUGGAGGGUCACCAUAAGUUCUUCAGAGUUCAUUGAAUAUUAUCUUUGCUUGUCAUACAGUUUGAAAAAGUGUUUUGUUCUUUAAGCAGUGUUUUGUGCACAGAAGGGCUUCGGCAACUUGCAAUAUUAUGCUUGUGUGAAACCAAUCAGUUCAGUGGCCUGUUUGAAGCCAUGGUUUUAUUUGCAUCUUCUGCAUUUGUAGAUUUUGGGAGGUCAUAGUUCAAGCAUACUCCAAACUCUCUUAAUUUUUUUGGAUUGAUUUUAUUUAGUUUGAACUGAUAGCAGUGACAGUUUUUCUUUCUUUGUAAAGUUCUGUUUGAUUUUAUGAUGUAGUGGAUCUGUUUCUAAAACACUCAAAAAAUAAGAAUGUAUUUUCUUUCUUAAUGUGUGGCAUUGGCCCUGUUGCCAUUUCUGCCCUGUUCUUUCUUUUGACCACUUUUAAGGUGCCACAUGCUGUGGACCGGGACGCAAAAUAUACGAUGAUACUUUGUUUCAUUGAUUCAUGCCACUGUGAGCUGCAAAGCAUUAAACGCCAUUUUAUGUUCCCAGAAUGUUGACACGAUGGUGUUUUUCUUUACAAAUCCAUCACAACUGUGUCAUCGUUUGUCUGCAGAGCUCACUGUCCUGUUCCUCUCAGGUUAAAACCCACUGUUCAUGUGCCGUGUCACUUUACUGUAAACUAUUAAAUUCAAACGUGUUA